UGCAAUAUAUGUAGUAGAGGGUCCCUGCUCGGUCCCUCUUUCAGUUAAGGGGUCCUUGGCUUAAAAAAACGUUGAAGACUCCUGCCUUAUAGGAUUAUUUGUGGAGGCAAGAACCCAUUUUCUAUGUGCAUUGCUCCACCUGCUGGUUAUAUUAAGUAGUGCAAAAGUCACAUUUGAGGCCCACUGUGGUUGGGUGCCUUUGCUAGUAAUUAGUGUCUUUCAAUUGCUUCAUUAUUUAGUUUUCUCCAUUAAUAUGAGAACUAAUCCAAGCAAAUUCCAGAAGAAUGGUAAGUAAGAAACAAGUAGCAGAUAUAUUCAGACAAGACUGUUUUUAUCUUAAACAAACACAGUUAGUUAUAUAUUUACUUAAUGACUUUGAGUAUAAAGAAAAGGGUGUUGACAAAUUCCUCACUUGUGCACCUUUAUAAAUUUAUUGUAGCCUAUUUAUUGAACAAGAGCAACUGCCCACUUUUUGUGGAAGAUGACUGUUUGGCUUUGUCUGAAUGUUUGUUUUUGUGUGGUAAUCAGACACUAGAAACAGGGCUAUGGAACGGUAUAUCUGUCUAAUAAAAUGUGUGUGUGAACCAAAGAAGAAAAACUCUUCAAAUGAAACACAUCAGACUGAGAAUGAUACAUCUAUUUACCAGAUUGGGGCAGGAAGAAAAAGUAAAAAGCAAGAAACCUGUGAUGGUUAGGAGGACAGGGGGAGGAGGAGGAGAAGGAGGAGGGAGGAGGAGAGGGAAGGAGGAGAAAGAAGAAAAGAAAAAGGAUUCAUAAAACUAAACUAAAGCAGUUGUGGACGACAGCAAAAGUUCUCGUAAAACUCACCCUCUUACAAGUUUAAGGAAUGGGCAGCCUUCCAGUGGUCCUGCUCCUCUGCAGUUUCCACGCGUUUACAGCUGUUGCCCGAGCCCAGCAGCCCGAGAGCACUGACACCACCUUGCCAGCCAACUGUAGGGAGGAGAUGUAUCCUUGCACCAGGAUGUAUUCGGUCCACCGGCCCAUCAAGAGAUGUAUUGGUGCUCUUUGUCUCUACAGCCUUCCUCGUGUCUACGUGAUCAACAAUGAGAUCUGCAUGAGGACAGUGUGCCAACAGGAUGAGUACCUGAAAGCCGAACUGUGCAGAGAGCUGUCCGGGUGGCCCAGGCGUGUUGAGAGGUCAUCUAAUAGGAAACGCUGUCGCAAUCGCCGUAGCAACCCCAAAACCUGGGCAAACAAGGCCUGAUGGGGCCCAGGAUGGCGAUGUGACCACCUCUGAGGAUGGAGCCUUAAACCAGGGACGUCGUCAAAUAAACAGCCCAUAACACCAUAAAUCAACCACUCGACACCUGUGGGUGUUUUUUUUCCUCUUUCACACGUACACACAAGUGUGCAGAGUCAUAUCUAUGUUUAUGUAUUAGUCUUUUGAGUGUGAAAUAUUGAAGCUCAUUUCAUGUGUUUUUUGACACAGAUCAUGUCUUCCGUGGUUUACGAUCCAUUAAAGGUACUGUAGUAAUGGGCCUAUA